AGCUGGGGAUGGUGACGGGAAUCCGCAGCCGACUUGCGGCCGUAUACCACCCCACUCGCUGUCACACUUCCCAGCCUGCAAACCCCGCGCCGAGCUCGCCUGCCCCACCUCUUUCUCCUCUGCAGCCCACGCCUCCCUAUAAAUUCGCAACCAGUCCCCGCCGUCGCUCUCAUUCCUCGGCCACAGCGCGGCCACCAGACGCCCACCAAAGUUUCCGCUAUUCGCCAAAAGGUCCCCGGCGCUGCCCGCCAUGGAAAGGCGGCACGGCUUCUUCGCGGCGCUGCGGGAGGAGGUGGCGCGCGGGCUGUCGCCGGCGCGGGCGCGCCGCAAGUCGGAGGCCGCGGACCUGGCCGCCGCCGCGCUCAGGUUCGCCGGAGUGGUCGGCGGCGGCGAGAUGCUGGCGCCGCUCAUGGAGGGGCCCGAUCCGGAGCCCAGCGACGGGGAGAGCGGCGGCGCCUGCCGAGGCGCCGCGCGCGGGAGGAAGGAAGGUUGGGGCCACUGGGUGCGCGGCCAGUUCGCGCGGGCCCCGUCCUCCGCGGUCGCCGCCGCCGGGGCCGGCGCGCUGCGCAACGACCUCAGGAUGCUCCUCGGCGUCCUGGGAGCGCCGCUCGCGCCGGUCCACGUCUGCGCCACCGAGCCGCUCCCGCACCUCAGCGUCAAGGACACUCCCAUCGAGACCUCAUCGGCGCAGUACAUCCUGCAGCAAUACCUUGCGGCCUCCGGAGGGCACAAGCUUCUGGCCUCCCUGCGCAACUCCUACGCCAUGGGCAAGGUGCGCAUGGUGGCCACUGAGUUCGAGACCGGCGGCCGCCUCACCAAGAACCGCAAUGCUGGACGCGGCGGCGAGCCUGGCCGCUUCGUGCUGUGGCAGAUGGCCCCUGAGAUGUGGUACAUCGAGCUGGUUGUCGGUGGGAGCAAGGUGCACGCAGGGUGCAAUGGCAAGCUCGUGUGGCGCCACACACCAUGGCUUGGUGCCCAUUCUGCCACGGGCCCUGUUCGCCCGCUUCGCCGUUCCCUUCAGGGCUUGGAUCCAUUGAUGACGGCAAGCAUGUUUGCUCGUGCCCGGUGCAUUGGUGAGAGGAAGGUGAAUGGGGAGGAUUGCUUCAUCCUGAAGCUGAGCACAGACACUGAGACCCUCAAGGCACGCAGCGAGGGCCAUGCAGAGAUUAUCAGGCAUGUCACGUUUGGGUACUUCAGCCAGAGGACUGGUCUUCUUGCCCACAUUGAGGAUUCACAUCUGACCCGAAUUCAGUCAGCUGCCGGAGGGGACGCGGUCUACUGGGAGACUACCAUCAGCUCGUUCAUGGAGGACUACCGUCCAGUGGAUGGUAUAAUGAUCGCGCAUUCUGGGCGCUCGGCUGUGACCCUGUUCAGGUUUGGUGAGGUUGCCAUGAGCCACACCAAGACUCGGAUGGAGGAGGUGUGGAGCAUUGAAGAGGUUGCAUUCAACGUCCCAGGGCUGUCCAUGGACUGCUUCAUCCCGCCCACUGAUAUCAAGUCUGGAUCUGUUGGUGAGGCCAUGGAGCUUACUCAUGGCGAGAGGAGCCGGGCUGGCCCUCCCCAAGGCUACUGCGCUAAAGUUGCUGCCCUGGAGAAAGCAGAAGAAGAUAAAGUGGCAUGGGGUGGUGGAACCGUACUCGAGAGUCACAACUGAUCUGCAGUCUGUUUAUACUUGGUUCUCACAGUGCAGCUGCUGACCCUGUUGAAUCUAGUGUAGGAGAGAAACAAGUGAAAGUUGAGAGGAUUUGGAGGUUUGGUAAAUCCAAAUGCCUCCUCUGUAUAGGAAGAAGCAUGAGGCAUUCACAUGGUCUUGCAUAUGAUUGAAGCGGAUCUGUGUGAAUCAUCCUUUCUGAUCCCAUCCAGAGACAUGGUAGUAGGUAGCCUUGUUUCCUGCUUCAGGCUUUUCUUCAUUUUUUUGUCUGUUCCUAGUGAAAGGACUGCUUAGGGUAUGUUCUCCAUUCCAACCGCAUGAGAAAGGCCAUUGUGGUUGGUUCUCUUUUAGCUUAUACUAAUUGGUCGCUGCCAUCAAUGGGGAAGAAGGGUUUCCUCGCCAGGAACUGGCAGUGUUUUGGCCGUCAUGGCAUCCGAUUGGCGGUGGUUCAGUGUGUUUUGCUUGCUGAUGGAUUGAGCUGAAGCUAACCUCUCAGGGGAAAAAGAGAGAGAGAGAGAGAGAGAGAGAGAGAGUAGAACAUCUGAAUGGUUUUUACUUGUGUUUUAGUACUGGGUAGAACCUGUUAGAUGUUUGUUAGUUAGCAGUGUUUUAUUUAGUAAGUUAUCUUGUUCCUGAACCUCCCCCCUUUGCAUCUCUCUAUAUUUAAUCAUGAGAUGAAGGAUCCACUAUUGUUAAACAGAUGGUGGAUGUAAUAUAUUCCCAAACAUCUUUUUGAGUGUCAUGGAUUGAACUGUGUUUGCGAUUGUCCUUGUAAGGAGGAAAUGGAAUGAUUCAGGCUUUUUCCCA